AUGGAUAUAAGACGAGCACGAUUGGGGGGAUUUGGCUUUGACUCGGUUAUUUUGGCUGACUGUGUGUGGGCGGGAGCUGGUGCUCGAGGUGACGGGAGGUGUGGGUGGAGAGGGUGGCUCGAGAGUGGGUUGCGGCUGGGGAGGGGUGGGGAUAGCAAAAGAAGCGGAGUCGCGGAUGGAGCCAUGAGUCCAGCACCUGCAUGGGAUGGAGGAUUGUUUGGCCGAAGCGCCGUUGCGGAGCCAGCGAACGAGAGCAGAGAUUUCACUAGGAAAAGAGGGGCCGGGAGAAGGGAGGCUAACCACCGUGGCUACGGCAAAGCAGAAGUGACGCAAAAGACGGUAGAGUCUUAA